AUGGAGAAUCAACAACAGCAACAGCAGCAGCAGCAGCAACAGCAACAACCACCACCGCUAAAUCGCCCAUGGUUUAGGUUGGCAUCGCAGGCUCGUAUUGAGCCACCACAAGCUAGAGCUGCUGCACCACCUGCAAGACAAGUAUUUGUUCCGGUACCAAGGCCCUCAAUAGUUAUACCUUCACAGCCUCAACCUCGACCUGCUCUUCCAACUCAAACACAAGGGCCUGCUCCAUCUGCGGCGGUGCCUCCUCCAGCAACAGCUGGAGAACGCACACAAAUGUCUUCCUCCUCAUUGCCACCAUCCCCACAACAGAAACCCGUGGGACCCACUUCUUCAGUUCCAAAUACUCCAUUAAUCAAAACGUUGAAUUCCUCAUCAUUGCCCACAACCCCAUUAAGAAACACACAAGAACCAGCACCGAAUAAUGCUGCUCCUCCGGCAACAAAGACUAAUUAUUCACCCAGAUUGUCAUCCUCGUCAUUGGCAAGUUCUCCCAUACAAAAAGCACCGGAACCAGCCCCAUCUACUAAUGCCCCUCCGGCGAAAACAGUAGAGUCCCCACCCAAAGUGGUUUCCUCACCAUUGCCGAGUUUCCAAAUGCAAAGAGCCGUUAGUCGUGUAUCCAGUCCACCUGAAUCUCCCAAGGUCAUCAAGCCUUCUUCAAGGACUCCACCUCAAUCCCCCAAGAUCCUACCUUAUGCACCUCCUCCAUCUCCUCUUUCACUUCCACCCUCCCAGUUAAGAGCUACACCAGAGCCUGAGAGUAAGAGUUUGGUAGCUGAGCAGAAGAAUAUGCUCGUCCAAGAGCGUAAAGAAAAGUUCGAUGCAAGGAAACAUGAGGAGGAUAAGCCUCACAUUGGCCAGAAUGGGAGGAAAGAAGGUGGAGCGAGCAAUCGUCAGAAGGAAAAGGAGUAUCAGAAGAAAUUGGAUGACCAUAAGGAUUCUGGUAUGAGGGUGAUUACGAUAGCUGGUGAGAACAAAGGAGCUUAUAUGGAGCUAGGUUCUUCCAACAGGAAGCAUGACUACAAGGGGAACCCUCAUACUCUCUCUCAUAAUUCCCGUGCAAAGAAAGAUGGCAAUGAAUCCGGAAGCAGCAGAAGUGAGAGCAGUAAAUCAAGGAAGAAAGACAGGUCAAAGUCAGGACUACCUAUGACCGCUUUCGUGAAUAGUAACGUUCAAAGUGUUAACAACUCCAUUCUCUUCCAUGCUUCCUGCACUCAUAGUGAUCCUGGCGUUCACUUUUCAUUUUCAAGAAAGCCCAUCCCAGACCAAGGGAUGCACCAUGAAAAUGCCUGA